CUGCGCCAUAAAUCACGUGACUGUGCUUCUGAAGUUCAUCGCCACUGGGUAUUUGAAGAGUGGCAUACUGUGAGAGUAUCGGUCAAGGAAAUGUUAGCCUUAAUUCUUCUGUUCGUCUGCUCCGCAUUUGCCAGUGGUCCACCAGUUGUCACGGAUCCGGAUGAGUGUAGGAAUAAUCUGGGAUAUCUGAAUGGAGCAGAUUUUGGAGAAGAUUGCUGUUCAUUCGUUGUAUGUGAUAGCGUUAGGCUGAACAGAACAGGGUUCGUUGGUAAAUGUACUGGAGGCACCGGUUGGAAUGACGAAUUGAAGGUCUGUGACGACAAAAUAUACUUGGACAAUUGUGAUCCUGCCAACGAUUGUGACAUCCCCUCCAGAACAACUGCACUGUGUUCAGCUCCACAACCAACUGCUACUACUUGUUGUCUGGGACAACGAAUUGGUACGGGUUUCCCUGGCUAUGAGCCCGUUUACGAAAUGGGCUCGGACGAAUUUCACUACAGAAGAGUAGGGGAAAGGGGCGAGGGACUGUGUCCAAAAGGCAUGAUCUUCAUACUUGAUAGUUGUUGCUGUGAAGAACCUGAAACCGAGCCUAUUGCACCAUGUGAUGACCUCAGUAGUUUUUUCUUCGACAACCCAAAUGAGGCAUGCUGUUCUUACGUACAAUGCUUUGUAAACAGAACUGCAUACGUUAUAGAAUCCUGUAUGCCCCCGAGCGUAUGGAACUCAGUCAACAAGACAUGCGACAUCCGAGUGAACGUACCGGAGUGCGCAAAUGCACUGUGUGGCCCCGAGAUGACCGAUCCUCCAUGUGACGAUCCACCAAGCCAAGGAGACUGUUGCUCAAAUGGAAACUAUUUCCAGGCUGAAGCAGAUCCCAUCCAAUACGUGAUCGUUGGAGGGCCUGCAGCCUCCGACCGUCUACAGUUAUGCCCCGUGGACAUUGAUGGCAAUCAGCUCGUUUUUAACAAUGACCCAGAUACGUGUGCAUGCGAGAUAGAUGCCGACUUUAAAUAGUAAUUUGCCUGCAAG